UUAGUGAAAUAAAAGUCAAAUUUGUGUAAAUAUUUAUUAUGUACUUCAAAUAGACAAACUGUGGAGUUUAAACUUCUUCUUCUUCUUCUUCGUCUCCUUCUUCACCUCCUCCACUGCUGUCAAACCCAGAUUAAAAAAGCAAUCGAACCCAGAAACGCAGUAGUAGAAGGCAGCGUCGGAGGAGAUACAUGCAGAAGAAAAGCCUUCCGGGAGAAGAUUCCACUGAUGUGGGUGCCGAAACAACUACUGACUUAACCAACAAACUUGCUCUUCUUGAGAAAGAAAUCAUCGCGAUUUCCGAGCAAGUCCGAAAUUUAGAAGAAGGCAGAGCUGAGCGUGACAAACAAACACAAGCCAUUUUAGAACAGCUUGACGUGCUGAAGAUCGUUAAAGCGAAUCGCGAAGAUCUACAAGAUGCACUAGGGGAAAAAGCUGAUGCUUGUGUGAUCAACAGAAAAGUGUCGCAUGAUCAGUUCGAUGCGGCAUGCGACGAUUUGUCGAAAGGCAUAGAAGAGAUUUUGAACAAAUUGGAAGAACAAGCAGAAAUGUGGCCACAAGCUCUCGAUUCCAUUCAGAAGGAAGUCGGCAAUAAACUUGACAAGAUGGAAGUGGAUCCAUUGCGAGAUUUCGUUAAUAGUAAACUUAAGGCUCUGCAGGAGAAGUUCAAGUCUUUGACCGCUCUCAAGAGAGAGCAAGAGGCUGCAGGCACCAAGACCAAAUUUCUGAGGAAUGUUAACUGUAUAUCUUGCGAUAAAUAUGUGGUAAUGAGGAGAGAAAUGGAUCAGUCGUUGAAGCCGAAGGCUUAUGCUAUGCCACCUAAUAGAAACAUGGCUCCUUAUAUUGCUUAUGAUUUGGAUCGACUGAGGAAACAACAGAAAUGUGUACCCGGUAGCAAGAAUUUGAACUACAUAGAAACAGCACUGAAAACACGAGGACAAAAAGAAAAAGAUCACAUCUGUAACCGAUAUUGUGGCGGCAGUCACACUGUGACAACCCCGCAGCAGAGAGUUACAAGAUUGGGACACUUCCUAGAACAGUGGGGACCUGAAAUAUCUCCCUUGCAAGAUGAAUACAUUAAAGGAAUUGAUAAUCACAUGUAUAAAUCUAGAGAUCCUCUAUAAGAAAACAAAUAAGCGAGAGGGCCAACAAGGCCGAAUCAGCAAAGGUUCAGCUCAGCCUGAAUCGGACAAACCACAGCAAGAUCGUUCUACUCUUAUUAAUGCUGAAGCACAAGGUGCUAUCGCAAGUGAAGGUAAGUCUUCUUAACUAGAGUAUAUAUUGUGGAUAUGAGAAAAAAAAUCCAGAAGAAUCCAAAACCGCAGGACCUGACAAACAAGUUAACAACAUCGGUGCUCUGCCGGUAGACCCUCACGAAAUGCAAAUGAGAGCUUCCCAGGCACAAAAGGCAAGGCAGUUAGUACAAGAGGAGAAGCAAAUAUGAGCUUCCCAAACACAAGAGUCAAGGCCAGUAAAACUGGCAAAAAAUUAACCUUGACCUUGGAGGACGAA